UUCUUCAAUUUCAGUGAUUUCAAAGAGCGUAACAAUGGUUAUGGUUCAGCUACUACAACGACGACCACGGCUAAUGCCACAAAUCACACGUUCCCCACAACAACAACAACAACUGGCAACAAUAAUAACAAUAAUCCAGACGCAGCAAAACCAAGAUCCUCGGUAUUCUGUUUGCACGGCCAACGUAACAUAGAGGUGCGUGAUCAUUGCCAUCGUCAGCGCAGCGAAGGUGUGGACGUUAAGGCAAGACGUAAACUUCUCAUUGCCAGCGGUCUUUGCUUGUUUUUCAUGAUAUGCGAAAUUGUGGGUGGCAUUUGGUCAAAUAGUUUGGCAAUUGCAACAGAUGCUGCUCACUUGUUAACCGAUUUUGCAAGUUUUAUGAUAUCCUUGUUUGCCAUAUGGAUUGCCGGUCGACCUUCAACCCAACGCAUGUCAUUUGGCUGGUACCGUGCCGAAGUAAUUGGAGCCUUAGCAUCGGUUGUCAUGAUUUGGUUCAUUACAGCAAUUUUGGUGUGGCUAGCCAUUCAACGUGUCAUCAACCAAGAUUUUGAACUGAACGCUCCUGUCAUGUUAAUCACAUCUGGUCUAGCCAUUUUGGUUAAUUUAAUUAUGGGCGUUCAAUUGCAGCACGGACAUAGUCAUGGUGGCGGUUUGGGUCACAGCCAUGGUGGUGGCAAAAAGAAGAAGGGCAAAAAAUCAUCCACAACACAUACUAGUGACAUUUCUUUGACACCGGCCCAAAAAUCAUCACCAUUCCCAGAAUUUGUCAACGAAAAUGGCAGCUUGUCACAUGUCGUUUGUCCCACACCGCCAACAGAAACAUUGGAAGGUGGUGUUUUGCCCGAUGCUGAAUUACCAUCUGCUGGUUUGCAAACAUUUUCCUAUCAGAAUUCUCGUUCGGUUAGUGAAGUUAGAGCUGAAAUGGCUGCUGUAAUGGCCGAAACAUCUGUGGCUACCCACCAUCAUGGUGGCGAAGCUGGCAAAGAAGCUCAAAACAUGAAUGUCCGGGCGGCCUAUAUACAUGUACUGGGUGAUAUGGUACAGAGUAUUGGUGUUUUUAUUGCUGCUAUAGUUAUUUACUUCAAACCCGAAUGGUCAUUGGCUGAUCCCAUUUGCACGUUUGUCUUUUCGAUAAUUGUGAUGUUUACAACGUUUGCCAUUAUAAAGGAUGCAUUGCUGGUUCUCAUGGAGGGUACACCAAGCUAUUUGCAUUAUGCGGAAGUUCUUAACAUUUUCCAACAAAUCGAGGGUGUACAGCGUGUUCAUAAUUUGCGUAUUUGGGCUUUAAGCAUUAAUAAAGUGGCGUUAUCUGUUCACUUGGCAAUUGCUGAAGGUGCUGAUCCCAAAAAAAUAAUGCAGGAAGCCACCACUGCUGUUCAUAUGCGUUACAACUUCUUUGAGACAACCAUACAAAUUGAGGAUUUCACACCCGAAAUGGAAACCUGCACACAGUGCACUGUGCCAGAAGUCUGA